AUGCCCGUACCGAAAAAAGGGCAAUCUCAAGUUGUGCAAGAAUACCGCACUAUCAGCCUCACCAGUCAUCACAGCGAAGUCAUGCUACGCAUCAUCCUUAAUCGAUUGAAAAGUAAGGCCAAGAAACUGCUGGCCGAAGAGCGGGUUGUAAUCAGAGCUGGGCGGAGCACAGUGGAACAAAUCAUCAACCGCAGAAACAUCAUCGAAAAACACUUGCAACACCCGCGUGAGCUCUUCCACAACUUCCUUGACUUAAAGAAAGAGAUCUAUCGCGACUGGCAUUAUGGCCUAUGGCAUGUUCUGAGAGGAUUCAACAUUGACGAAGGACUUGUGAUAGUCAUUCAGGAACUCUACGGAAACGCAAGCAGCGCAGCACUUCUCAGAGGAUAG